UUAUGGCUUAUAAUAUAGGAACAGAAAGGUUGUCAGGUAUAACCCUUUACCUCCUUUCAUCACGCAGUUCUUGUCCAGAGUGAACAUUUCCAACUAUCACUGUCAUUGCUGUCUCUUCUGUAUCCUAAUUGCCCUCUCUUGCCCUCUUGGGGCAAGCUUCCAACCAUGGGCGAGUUCUCCUGGCUCUUGUUUCUACUGUCCUUGAAUACUUCUAUGGAUAUUUAGCUAUGGUGAAUAAUACUGCAGUGAAGAUCUGUUCUUCAGAUAAAUACCCAGAAAUGAAAUGGCUGGAUUAUGUUAAGUCUAAAUCUUGACACAUAAAAAUACAUAAAAGUAACAUUGUGUCAAAUGAUAUGAAACAUCUUAAGGACUUUAUUUAUGAUCAUGUAAUGUUGGAAAAGUCACUUAACAAUCAGGGUCUUCAUUUAUUCAGGAAAGCAAGAGGGUUGAAUUCAUAAUUUUCAGUUUUUCUGGCUCUAAAAUUUCUGAUUCUGUGUUAUCUUAAAACCACACGAACCAAGAUACACCAGAGCAUGCUAUUUGAUGAUAAUCUGGAAUCUCAACAUAAAGUAUGUUGUGAAGAUUUACUGUAACACAUAGUCAUGAGCAAACUCAGCUUGGCAGCAUGCACAAACAAUUGUGAAGGAAUCAUUGAGAAUCAAGCAGGACAUCCCACCCUCCAGGGCUGCAUGCUCUGGAACAGUACUGGACACAUAACACAUCUCCACUACUUUGAUGUCCUAGCACAGACCAUUAACAUUACUAAAAGAAAUGCUACAUGCACCUACAGUGCUAAAUGCAUUCACUGUCUCCUCACUAGUCUCUUGCCUACAACCCGUUCAAUCCAUUGCCAUAAAGGGUUUCCUGACACAUAGAAGCUGUGAUUCUGUCAUUCCUCUGCUUGUAAACUCUCGCCUAGGCAUUUCAUCUCUCAGGUGAUAAAAUCAAAUCCUUCCAAAUUCUUCUCAGGCUUAUAGGGUUGUUGGUUUUUCUGUUUGUUUUUGUUUUGGUGGGCUCUGAUCCAAACUUAUUCUCCCAAACUUCUGUCUUCUACUAGUGUUUAUAGAGCUUGCUACUCCAGGCAAAAUAAAGCCCCCGAAGUUUCAGUAUUUGAAGGCCAUUUUAGAAACAUGAAAGUCUAAUUUUUGUAGGAUAAUUCAUGUUUUCCUGACAGCAUACAAGCUUCUCUGCAUGCAAUGAUAGCCGUGUUCAGCUCUAGGCCUGCGCUGGCCUAGAACGUUAUUUAGUCCCCAUUAUCCAUGGACUUCAAAUUCUUCAAAAAAGUGGAAGUGUCAAGCGCCAGUGUGCAAAUGACACAAGAGGACAAAUAUCUAUCUCUAUUCCAAGUUGCAUUCCGGCCCCACUCUCUUGACCUCACGCCGUCCACCUCCGUCUGUGGUUUACCACUCCUACUCCGAGCUGCACUGCCCUGCUCUGCGGGCACCCGCCGUCCAGGGCUGCGCGCGCAGCGAGCGCCGGGUGCCCGACGAGGGCGAAGGCGUCGCGGCGGCCCUGGAGAAGCUGUGCGCGCAGGCCAGGCCAGGUCCCUCUCAACCGUCCGUUCAGCGCCUUCCUGGCCCCCCGGCGAGCGAGGAGGAAGAAGAGCGCCGCUGCCGCCCCGUCCCGGGUCUUCGCUUCCCGCGCGCACGGCCCACGGCGAGGGGCGGGGCGGCUCCAGCCCCGAGCCUGUGACGUCAUCACGCCGUGCCGCGGCGCGCGGUGGCCCUUAAAGGGGCCGUUCCCGGCGCGCGCGGCGGGGAGGAGUGGGCGGAGCGUGCGCGGCGCGGCCUGGGCCCGGGCCGCCGCGGACGACGAGGUGGGCGGAAGAGGCCGCUGGGAAACCGGACGCCGCCGGGACGCUAGUGUGGGGCGGGACGCGCUGCGGGUGGGGCGAACGGGGCACCUCCCCGCCAGUCCCCUCUCGCCCCGCCGCGGCCUGAGAGGCCCGGACGGACGCCCCCGGGGCUCCGCGCUGCCCUCCCACCGCGCACGCUGUCUGCGGGCGAGGCUGCGGGACCCGGGGCCGGGGGCCACGUGCACUGCGCAGCCGCCGCCGGCCCCUCCCGGCCCUCCCCGGCCCGGACCCCGGCCUGAGCCCGCGCGCGCGUCAGUCCGGGCCGGGGGGCAGCGCGGUCCCGCCCCGCGCGGACAGCCCGGCCCGGCCGCCUCCCGCCCCCUGACGCUCCUGCCCCCCUCCCGUAAUUGCGUGGAUCCUGCGGACACCCGGCCUCCCCUGGCGCGAGUCACACGUGCAGGAGCAUGAGCCCCACGGUGACCAUGGGGGAGCCAAGGCUGAACUGGGAUAUUGCCCCCAAAAAUGGCCUUCAGACAUUUUUCUCUCGAGAAAAUUACAAAGAUCAUUCCAUGGCUCCAAGUUUAAAAGAACUAUAUAUUUUAUCUAACAGACGUAUAGGAGAAAAUCUGAAUGCCUCAGCAAGUUCUGUAGAAAAUGAGCCGGCAGUUAGCUCAGCAACUCAAGCAAAGAAAAAAGUCAAAACCACAGUUGGAAUGGUUCUUCUUCCCAAACCACGAGUCCCUUACCCUCGUUUCUCUCAUUUCUCACAGAGGGAGCAGAGGGCUUAUGUGGACUUGUUGGUUAAAUAUGCAAAAAUUCCUACAAAUUCCAAAGCUGCUGGAAUAAAUAAAAAUGAUUACAUGCAGUUCUUGGAUAUGAAAAAACUUGUGAACCAAGAAGUUACUGAAUUCCUAAAGUUUUUGCAGAAUUCUGCUAAGAAAUGUGCCCAGGAUUAUGAUAUGCUCUCCGAUGAUGCUCGUCUUUUCACAGAGCAAAUUUUAAGAGCUUGUAUUGAGCAAGUGAAAAAGUACCCGGAAUUCUAUACUCUGCAUGAAGUCACCAGUUUAAUGGGAUUCUUCCCAUUCAGAUUGGAGAUGGGAUUAAAGUUAGAAAAAACACUUCUUGCAUUGGGCAGUGUAAAGUUUGUAAAAACAGUGUUUUCCUCAAUGCCUGCAAAACUGCAUCUCUCAAAAGACAGUACGUCUGCCGUUGAAACACCAGAACAAACAGCUGCAGCAGUGCAUGAUGAUAUUAGUAAUGAUCCAAAUGCAGAGAAGCUUGUUUCAAGAUACCAUCCUCAUGUAGCUUUAACUAGUCAGUCAUUGUUUACUUUAUUAAAUAACCAUGGGCCAGACUACAAGGAGCAGUGGGAAAUUCCAGUGUGUAUUCAGCUAAUACCUGUUGCAGGUUCUAAACCAGUUAAAGUUAUUUAUAUUAAUUCCCCACUUCCACGAAAGAAAAUGACAAUGAGAGAGAGAAAUCAGAUCUUCCAUGAAGUUCCAUUAAAAUUCAUGAUGUCCAAAAACACAUCUGUUCCAGUCUCUGCUGUAUUUAUGGACAAACCUGAAGAUUAUGUAUCUGAAUUGGAUGUGUCUUAUGAAGUUAAUGAGAGCCGAAAAAUUGAGACCCUUGAGAAUUUGGAUCUGGAUUUUAAUGAUGAUGUCACCGAACUUGAGACUUUUGGAGUGACCACUACCAAACCUUCUCAGUCGCCAAGCCCAAAAUGCACUAACAUGGCGCCCAGCAGUGCAGACGCUACCCCGGCCCCCACCACAGCACACGCUGCUGUGGCUCCAGGUGCGCCAGACGGUUCUGCUAAUUCUAGGCGUUUGUCUCAGAUCUUGCUGGAGCAGCUGCAGAAGGAGAAACAGCUGGUGACUGGUGUGGAUGGUGGUUCUGAAGAGAGUCAAGAGAAAGACGGGCCAGGGUUUGCCUCCUCUGGUUUGGUGCAGGAUUGUGAUCCCAAAGCCUCUGCUCCCUCGCAGUUAGAAAGCUCUAUGGAAACUGAAAAUGCUAACAAAAGCCAUGUGCUUGCUGACCAGGCUUGUGCCCCGGAGAGACUCGCUAUUCCAGAGCAUGCAGACAGUUCAAAGGAAAAGACCCUCACAUCGAACACGGUGAAACCUGAAGGUGUUGCUUGCAGUAGUGAUACAGAUGAGGAUUGUUUAAUCAUUGACACAGAGUGUCAGAACACUAGCAAUGGAAAGACACCCAAUGCAGACUCUAAUUUAAAUUCUAAAUCGGUGAGUCCAAAUUCUUCCGCAGCACAGUCUUCCGUAGGAAACCAGACGGACUCUACUUGUCCUGAGGAAUCAUGUGUUUUAAAAAAACCUAUCAAACGAGUUUAUAAAAAAUUUGACCCAGUUGGAGAAAUCUUAAAAAUGCAGGAUGAACUCUUGAAACCAAUAUCCAGAAAAGUACCUGAAUUGCCUUUAAUGAAUUUGGAGACUUCUCAGCAGCCUCCUUCUGAGCAGCCCUGUACCCCUUCAGACACCUCAGGGUGGCCAAAAGCUUCCUGGCCUUCUGCAUUCCAGAAGCCAAAAGGACGAUUGCCAUAUGAGCUUCAAGAUUAUGUUGAAGAUACUUCGGAAUAUGUAGCUCCUCAGGAAGGAAAUUUUGUUUACAAGUUAUUCAGCCUGCAGGACAUGUUGUUGCUUGUGCGAUGCAGUGUCCAGAGGAUAGAGACCAGACCACGUUCCAAAAAAAGAAAGAAAAUCAGAAGACAAUUUCCAGUUUACGUAUUACCAAAAGUGGAGUAUCAAGCUUGUUAUGGAGUUGAAGCUCUGACUGAAAGUGAACUUUGUCGCUUAUGGACUGAAAGUUUACUGCAUUCCAACUGCUCGUUCUAUGUUGGACAUAUUGAUGCAUUUACUUCAAAGCUUUUCCUGCUAGAAGAAAUUACCUCAGAAGAGUUAAAAGUAAAGCUUUCAGCUCUCAAGAUUUCAAGUUUAUUUAACAUCCUGCAACACAUUCUAAAGAAAUUAAGUAGCUUGCAGGAGGGCUCCUACUUGCUGUCUCACGCAGCGGAAGACUCCUCACUCCUGAUAUACAAGACGUCUGACGGGAAGCUCACUCGGACUGCUUAUAAUCUGCACAAAACCCACUGCAGCCUUCCUGGGGCGCCCUCCAGCCUCUCGGUGCCCUGGGUGCCCCUGGACCCCAGCCUCCUGCUGCCCUACCAUGUCUUCCACGGGCGGAUCCCUUGCACUUUCCCCCCCAGGCCACUGGAGCCCACAGCACAGCAAAAGACGGGGAGCCUGAAGGCGAGGCCAGCAGCAGCGCCCGGUGAGGAAAAGUAGAUUGAAGGUUGGUGGAACAAGAGUGCCCGCCCGGCGCCGCAGGAAUGCAGUUUCCAUGGGAACCAAAAGCCUGCUUUCUCGGCCAGCUGAAAAUGAAGGGGCAGCUCCCAGUAAAAGAAAGAUGACUUAAGGACUCGACCGUGUAAAGUGAAGAAAAAGCAGUGUAACAGUAUUCACUUCGGAAAAGUUUGAGGGAAAUGUGCCUGAAAGAUCAGUAGACAAGGGGAAUAUUUCAGUGUCCUUGACCCCUCAGAGUGCCUUGAGAAAAGCAUGUUGGCUGCAAAGGAAUGUUUCUCUCGAAUGCAGUGUAUGCUUUUAACACUCAGUGUUGAGGAGGAAGAACCUGGGUUUAACAUUAUCGUGGCAGGGAAAUUUAUAAGGAGAAAAUAUUUUUAUAGUUGAUCUUUUUCAAAAAUGGUUAAUAGGAAAAUGAUUUGCUUUUUUCAAGAGCUAUAUUUAUCAUUAUAUAUUAUGUUAAUAAUUUGAAUUAUGUCUCGAGUCUCUUGAGAUUGGUUCCAAAGGUAAAGAUCUUUCCUCAGUCAGAUGAUUUUGAGCAAUACACACCUUGUUUAUGAACCAUUGUGGCAAGUUUUUAUAUGCUACUUUAGUAUGAUCAUUGUUGCCUCUUAAUAAAAUUAGUAUCUUUAAGACUGUGGUGAAAUUCUCUUGCCGAAGCCAAGAGGUGGAAAACUGCCUUCAUCUGAAACACCUUAAUAGGGCGGAAGUGAGUGUCUGAAGUGGUGGGGGACAAGCCUGGGUUCAGGCCCUGCGCUACACUCCCACAGCCCCACAGGCAGGGUCUGCACAACAAGGAAGAAGUCGAGGCUUCACAGGGCCUCUGGGGGUAUCCAUCAAUUUUUUUUCUUUUAAUUUUUUUAUUGAAUCACCAUGUGAAGUUACAAAGCUUUCAGGCUUAAGUCUCAGUCAUAGAAUGAUCAAACACCCAUCCCUUCACCAGUGCACAUGUUCCACCACCAAGAACCCCAGUAUACCUCCAUCCCACCACUCAGCCCCACCCCUGCCUGUGUGGCUUGUGAUUUUCACUUUUCUUUCUCUUUACUUUGAUUACAUUCAGUAUUUCAACAGGAAACUCACUAUUAUUACUUGGAAUUUUCCCCCAACAAUCAGAUUUGCCAAAAAGGCAGCAUUUGAUAAUUAGUUUUCCAUUGCUGAGAAUGAAGAGAAUACAAGGUCACGCGGCUGCAGUAGCAACCACGCGGUUUUGGAUUUCUGGUAUUUUAGUAACUAAGUCCAGAGAAAUUUCUGCUAGAAAUUACAUCAUUGCAAGCUCGUACCAUUGUUUAGUGGGCCUUAUAAGCUGGUGGUUGCCAUGCCGCCGCCCACCAGGGAAAGAAAAAGCCGAGAGAGAAAAACCUUUCCCCUCACGUGGCGGCAUGGUGCUCUAGCUUAGUUAACAGUCUAGAGGCAUUUCUGCAAGAAGCUGCUGGUGCCGAAAGUAGUGGGCCUCGGGGAUCAUGGGCAUUCAGCAAUGGAGAGGCCACAUGUGUGCGGCCGCUCAGGUCAAAUCUGGGUGGAGAGUGGCACCAGUAACGCCCCCCCAUCCCGAGAUCUCCCAGGAGUCCCAUUGCUGCCUUUUUUUUUUUUUUUAGUGGAUAUUUUUAAGGGACCUAGAUUUGUUGACCAGUAUCUUUUUCUUGCAGUAUAAAUGCUAGCUCAGAUUUGAAAUACAUUCCUAAAAAUAAGAAGAUGAGUGUGUUUAUCUGAAAAAUAACAUUUUUUCAGUUAAAUAUGAGUGAUUAUUCCGUGCCCUUGUCUGUACUGAUUUGAGGUUUCAGGACUUCAGAGAUGAAUCUGGUAUGACGGUAGCCAGUUUGAGCUUUAAAAGGUGUAGGUUCAUUAUUUUUUGUUUUCCUGUUCUUUAUUUUGCUUUUUUAUUUGUUUCUUUGGCACCAUCAACACAUCACUCAGUGUUUGGGGUUGCUCCCAACAGUGCAGGGUGAGCCGAGGUGUGGGUGGGGCAGAGGUUGUGCCUGAGGCCCAGGACUUCCUCGUGCAAGCCUAUGCUUUCUCCCAGCCCCAUUUUCCUGGUCUUCAGUAUGUACUCAUGUGUUCAGAAAUGCGCACAUAAUUUUUUUGGAACUAAAUAUUUAUUUGGGGGACGAUUUAUGUGUUUUGUAUUACUGUUAGAAAUUCUAAAAAUCCCAACUCUUAGAGUGAAAAUUUAGUAUAUUUUCAACUACCAAGUGUUUUGAUUGGGAGAGUUGUCAAUUAUAAAAUAUUUGUGAGUUAUGAUAAAAUUUAUUGUGUAGUUGAAUAUGAAAUUGUUUUUCACCAUGUGAUUCCCUUUUUAAAAUACCGAGGUUUGAUUUUAUUAUUAAUUCUUUUAUUGAUUCACCAUGUGGAAAGUUACAGUAACAGCUGAGAUCUCCUGAUAUCUAAGAUAGUUAGCAUUUCUGCCCUCACCAUCUUUCUCUACCUGCUAUUUUUAUUUGUAUAAUUCUAUACAAUAUUCAUCACUUGUCAGGAUCCCUAGGUACUUGGGGAAAAUAUAUGGAAGGAAUUGAUUUUUCAUGUCUGCUUUUUGUUGCUUUUGUUAACUUUUUUUGGGGGGCCACACUGGUGGGUACUCAAGGGUUACUCCUGGUUCUGCACUCAGAAAUCACUAUUUGUGGGCUCAGAGGUCCAUACGGGAUGCCAGGGAUCUAAUCUGGGUCGGCUACAUGCAAGGGAAGCACCCUACUUGCUAUGUUCACAUCUACUCUUAAAUGUAGUUUGAUAGCUCUGUGACCAGUGAGGGUAUAAAAAAAAAAAAUACCGAGGUUUGGAGCUGGAGAAAUAGCACAGAGAUUAAGAUAUUUGCCUCACAUGCAGCCAGCCCUGGUUUUGUCCCUAGGGCGCAGAACAUCCCUCAGGCACUUGAGCAUAGCCAAGAGUAAACCCUGAGUACUGCAGGGUGGGACCCAAACACCCACCCUUCCCCAAAAGUUAGAAAUAAAGUACUCAGUCUUUUUAUGGGCUCA